AUGGAUUCCUUCGCCAUAACAGAGGGCCUUGCUGCCCAGGAUCGACAAGAUGACGCACCAGAAGUCUCCAGCAAAUUGUCUGAAGAGACCAACAAGUUCCAGCGCGCCAUUGCAGCCUGGCGAGGAAUUGAUCUGGCUAGCACCAUUGCCAAACUUGAUACCACCGCUUCGGACAUUGUUUCGCAUCAACGGGAUGCGCUCGUACAGAGAAAGGAGCUGGCCCAGAAGACCAAGGAUUUCAAGAAGCUGGAGGAUGAAGCCAAGCUCUCGGAAUACAAGGGGUUGCUCAAGGCCUACCAAUCUUUUAUCGACCUUUUGACCAACCAAGGGAAAGCGUCGUCAUCCUCGUUCCUCCAACUUUACUCGUCCUUGUCCGAAGCGCCAGACCCUUACCCUCUACUCGAAGCAUCCGUCGAUUCUCUCGUUCUAUCUGAAGAUACAGUUCCAAAACUUACUUCGGAAAGGAAUCAAUUGCAGCAAUCUGUCGACCGUCUCACGAAGCAGCAGGAGGAGACUGAGAAACGUCUUCAGGAGGAGCGCGCCGCGAGAAAGAAGCUCGAAGAGAACCAAGAAUCAAAAGCCAAAGAAAUUGAGGCGUCUUGGGAUGCGGUGCUGAAAGAGAAGACCAGUAACUGGGAGGCCAAGGAGAAGAGCUUGGAGGAGAAGGUUGAGAAUCAGGAACGAUUGAUUAAGGAGCUCAAGGCUAGCUACGAGGUCUCUCAGCGUCUAGGUGGUGGCCAGGAUGAAGAUACAGAAGACGCCCGUAGCGGUGCUACUGCUGCGGAGCUGGAGCUCGUCUCUGCCGAUCUGGAGAAGACCAGCUUGAGAUUGGCUGAUAUGGAGGCGCGGAACGAGCAGCUCCGGCUAGAGUUGGCGCAGGCCGUAUCACACUCGACCUCUGGCCAGUCUACCUCUGUCGAGGAUGACCCUAGUUAUCAACGCUUGCAGUCGGAGAACUCUGUUUUGCUACGAAAACUGGAUGCUGCGCGUUACGACAAGGAUUCGACCCGACAUACCUGGGAGGCCAAGCUCCUCCAAGCGGAACGGAAUGCCUCAAAGUCUGUUGCUGAGAGGGACGAGUUGCGCUCGCGUCUUGAAAAGGUUGCUGACUACGAUGAUAUUCGCCGGGAGUUGGAAAUGAUCAAGUCGAUUGAGUUUGCCACGGGUGAUGAUGAGGAUGCCGGUGAGACAGCGGCGACGACUGAAGAUAAUAUCACUGGCACCAAUGGUGCUGCUACCACAAAAUCAACCAAUAAAAGCUCUCUGGAGCAACUGCUGAUGGCUCGCAACAAGAAAUUGACGGACGAGCUUGCUGUUCUACGGGUCUCAACUCGCGACCUCCAGGACCAGCUAGAAUCUCUACGCGGUGAGCUUUCGACCACCAAGAAAGAACUUGAUAAGUCGCGGGGUCUUUCUACUACGUUAGAGAAUGAUCUUCUCCGCGUGCAAGAGGAGGCUGCCAAUGCAUUCCCAUCGUCAGCAAUGUCUGUUGCCGGCACUUAUACUUCGAGGUAUCCACAUUCGGCACGACGAAGCGGGGCGGUAUCACCAACUUCGUCCAUAAUCUCUGGCUUUGACCAGAGUACCGCUUCUGCCAACACUAUGGAAGCCAUUCGUGCCGGGGAGGCAGUGGGCGGUGGCUCCGGCCUUCUGCCCAUGAUCCAGGCCCAGCGUGACCGUUUUAAGAAGAAAAAUGCUGAGCUUGAAGAGGAGCUCUCUAAGAUGUAUAGCACUGUCAAAUCUCUUCGACAGGAAGUUUCAACACUUCAAAAGGACAACUUGAGUCUCUACGAGAAGACUCGCUACGUAUCCACGUACAACCGAGGUCAGGGGGCAUCUACGUCAGCUUCCUCGUUCGCCAAUGCUCCUAGCUCAGCAUCCAUCUAUUCUUCUGGAGAUGCGCCGGACCGGUACCAAUCAGCAUACGAGGCCCGCAUCUCACCAUUUGCUCAAUUCCGAGGUCGUGAAUCCACCCGUGCUUACAAGCGCAUGACCCUUCCAGAGCGGAUCGUGUUCUCGCUCACCCGCAUAAUCCUGGCAAACCGGACUAGUCGAAAUUUGUUCGCGGGCUACUGCUUUGCUCUGCACAUUCUCCUUUUCAUCAUUUUGUAUAUGAUGAGCACGACGGAGAUUGAAAAGCACAGUGCCAUGAGUGCCGUUGGUAGUGCCGCUGCUGCCGCAUAUGGUAGCAGCGGCGGAACAGGGUUUGGCAACAUUGGAAGUGGUAGUGGUCAGCUACAUGGGGAUGAUUGGCAGCAAGAAGGAUUCAAUCAGGCCAGCUGA